CCAUAAAAAGGUUUUUGUUUAUUCUUAUAGCAAAAAACAAACAAACAAACAAAACUGUUAAAAUGCUCGGUUUUCGUUCAGCUGCUAAAGGUUACGAGCGGCACUUGAAUGCAGCACCAACCUCACGUAACAACAGGCCUCGCACAUGAACGCGCGUCAGCAGCGCCCUCUGGCGGCGCGGUGAGCUCACUGUCGGUGUCCGUCGUCCUCGGGAUGAUGAAGAGCCCGCUGGCAAGUGAGAGCGUGCAGGCAGAGCGCGCACAGCACACACGAGAACCUGCUGAAGGCCGUCGGAGUCGUGCGUUGUAAAUUAUGUACAUAAGUUCCUGAUAUUACUCGGGUUCACAUGAAUGGCCGGCCGCACAACUUGGAGCCUUUAAACCGAGCAGCGAGCGGGGAAAUCUGUACACCGGCGGCAAACACCGUCUGGACUGGAACACGUACACCAGGAGCUGUGUGCCUGGACUCGCACGGACCGAGGCUCGACGGCUCCGCUGGGGAUUCUCGACUCGACAGCACCGCGGCGAGCGGACCCCGUUCACAGAGAGACACAUUUUUGUAAAGCUUGUUUUUUGUUUUUUUAAUUUCCUUUUCUUUUUUUUGUAAAUGUAUUUUUUUCAGUGGAUGUAGAAUAUUUUUUGUAGGCAGAAAGCCCAGUGUAAAUUUCGUGUAAUAACGUUUGUACAAAGCUAAAUGAAUAUAACAGAAUACCAGUGAGUUAGCUAGCUAUCGGCGCUGAGGGGCUCGGGUUUUAAAAAAAAAUAAUAUAUCGCUGGACCGACGAGCUACGAUGCUGCAUCUGGGGUUUACUUGAAGACGUUCACUCAACAGUUUGAAAGGAACAACACUGCAGCUUCCCAACAGGCUUAAAAAAAAACAACUCCCGGUUCAGUGUGUGUUUGAGCUGGGAGACGUGUGGUUUACUUUGAUUAGUACUGCACCUAAGUGGGUUUUGAAGAAAAUGUAGGAAAUGGUGAGGAGGAAAGUGAGGACAGAAACUAUUCACUAGCCGCUGUGGUCUCACCCACCUGUGUACUGUAACACUUCUAAUAAAGGGAGACGGGAGACAGAAAUCGGAAGACAAGGAGGAGAAGGUUUGAUUAAGGACGGCCUUCAGUCACCUGCCACACUGGAAAACAACAGCCUGCUAGACUAGAAGGGGCGAGUGGGUGACCACGUAAAGAGAGAGAGACGGGGACUGACAGAGGAGCAAAGGUUUGGAGGAGGAGGAGGAGGAGGUCUAGGAGGAGUGGGAAAGGCCAUUCCCCAUGGCUACUGACCCAGGAGAGCCCACCGGCACCGAGGACUCCACUGAGAAACCUGAUGGACAGAGGGAGGAGGACACGGAGCGGGAGGGCAGGGCUGACCCACAGAGGGGGAGGACACACAGCACCCCCUCGGACUUCCCCUCCUCCCAGACUCAGGAGAGGAAAGCAACAGGAGGAGAGGAUGGAGGAAUCCGAGGAGGAGGAGGAGGAGGGGAAGCCAGUCAGGCGGGUGAGGAGAACCAACUCAGACCUAUUUCAUUCUCUUCGCCCUCCUUACCGGUUGACACUGGCCAGAAACGACUGAGGAGAGAGAAGCGCUUCUUCAGGAAAAGUGUGGAGAUUUGUGAGGAGGACGAUGAUGUGGAGGUGCUCCCUGAGGCACCCCACAGUGCACCCCACCUGGAGCUGCGGUCCUCAGACUCGGUCUUCACCAGCACUGCCCAGCAGCAAGGGGCUGCUUCAUCCUGUGCUGCAUUGGGCCACGACCCAUCCUGUCCCAGCUCCAGCCAGGAGCCCGGCAAGGAUGCUCCUUCUUCCACAACCCCUCAGAAGGGGAAGGAGAGGGACCGGGAGCAGGAGGAGGAGGCAGAGAUGAAGGCAGUGGCCACCUCUCCUGGAGGCAGGUUCCUCAAGUUUGACAUUGAACUGGGCAGAGGAGCCUUCAAGACUGUGUAUAAAGGCCUGGACACAGAAACAUGGGUGGAGGUGGCUUGGUGUGAACUUCAGGACCGCAAGCUGACCAAGGCAGAACAGCAACGCUUCAAGGAGGAGGCAGAGAUGCUGAAGGGGCUUCAGCACCCCAACAUCGUCCGUUUCUAUGAUUCCUGGGAAUCUGUGCUCCGCGGCAAGAAGUGCAUCGUUCUGGUCACUGAACUCAUGACUUCAGGAACACUCAAAACUUACCUGAAACGCUUUAAGGUGAUGAAACCCAAAGUCCUGAGGAGCUGGUGUAGGCAGAUUCUAAAGGGACUUCACUUCCUUCACACCAGGACUCCUCCAAUAGUCCACCGGGACCUCAAGUGUGACAACAUCUUCAUAACAGGCCCAACAGGCUCAGUCAAAAUAGGCGACCUUGGACUGGCCACUCUUAUGCGGACCUCCUUUGCCAAGAGUGUUAUAGGAACCCCCGAGUUCAUGGCUCCAGAGAUGUAUGAGGAGCACUAUGAUGAGUCAGUGGAUGUCUACGCCUUCGGGAUGUGCAUGCUGGAGAUGGCCACUUCAGAAUACCCGUAUUCGGAGUGCCAAAAUGCUGCUCAGAUCUAUCGCAAAGUCACAAGCGGUAUCAAGCCAGCCAGCUUUGAUAAAGUCAAUGACCCAGAGAUCAAAGAAAUCAUCGAAGGCUGCAUUCGUCAGAACAAGAGCCAGAGACUCUCCAUCAGAGACCUCCUGAAUCAUGCAUUCUUUGGGGAGGACACAGGAGUCCGGGUGGAGCUGGCAGAGGAGGACACAGGCACCCAGGACUGUCUGGCUCUUCGGAUUUGGGUGGAAGAGCCCAAGAAGCUAAAAGGGAAGCACAAAGACAAUGAGGCCAUAGAGUUCAGCUACGAUCUGGAGAAUGAUAGUGCUGAGGAAGUGGCUCUAGAGAUGGUGAAGUCAGGAUUCUUCCAUGAGAGUGAUGCCAAAGUGGUGGGAAAAUCCAUCCGGGACAGAGUAAAUCUGAUCAAAAAGUCACGGGAGCGUCGCCAGCAGCAGCUGCUCCUACAGCAGCAGGGCUUUGAGGAAAGAAGAGACUCCAAUCUCACCUCCUACACCUUUUCUCAUCAGUACUGCCCAUCCUCACUUGGGCCAGGACAAGCAGCCGGACAGACAGGAGGGGCAGGAGGAGGAGGGCAGGAGUCUGAGGAAUUGCCUGAAGUGGACCAGCAUGUCAGGCAGCAGCACAUAUUCAGUGGGACAACACUUGGUCUGCCAGGCGAGAGCAUUGGAUCUGCCAGCUGUGAAUCUUAUGCAAGUGGACAAAGCCAGGCGUACUCUCAGCCAGGGGAGUCAUACACGCACUCCCAGACUCCUCUCCCCCCUGCUGCAUCUAGCACUGGUGCGUCGGCACUUCCUCAGAUGGUCCCUAUUGGUGAGAGUGGAAGUGUUCUCAUUGGCCAGAGUAUUAGUAUGUCCAGCAUGUCCAUAGGCCAAAGUGGAGGGGGACCUGUUGGCCAGACAUUUCUUCAGCCCACUUCCAUGGUUCAACAGAUAUCCCCAAGUGUCCCUCAACAAUAUUUUCAGCAGUCACAAACAUUCCCAUCAGAUGCAUUUCAAACUGCCACUCCCCAUGGCUCAAUGGCCCCCUCACAGUCAUACAUACCCCCUGUUUCCCCACACACACCCGUUAACGUUCUCACUACAUCCAUGUCAGUCGGUGAGCCUGCUGGACUAGCAGGGAACAUUGUGCCCCUCGCUCAGCAGACCCAACCCCCUGCCACUCCCAUGCAGAUCACUGACAUAAUUCCCCAGGCAGCACCCCAGCCAACACAGCCCGUCAUGAUCCCUCAGCAGACUAUUGUCCAACAACAACAGACAGGGAUGGAUCCCCAGACCUCCACCCUUCAGCAACAGCCACAACAGCAAAUGGAGGCCCAGGCCACUCUGCUCGAACAACAACAAGUUAGUACCACUCAGCUCCCAAUCGAGCAUCAUCCACAGAGCCUUUCAGCUACAGCUGUCCAGAUACAUCAACAUGAGCCUCAGCAGCAGAUCUUUGUACAGCAGCCUGUUCCUCCUGUACUCACAACUCCUCAGCAGCAAGUUUUAUCUACACAAACAGGUAUGGAGCAGCGAGCUGUGUCAUUGGCACAGCCAGGAGAGCAAACUCAGACCUAUAAACCUCAAACAACAGUGGAUCCUCGUGAGCAGACCAUGACAAAACCACAACCACUACAGCAACAGCUUCAGCAACAACAAACUCUAUUACAGCAGCAACAACAACAAGCUUUGCUGCUUGAGCAGCAUCAGACAUAUGUCCAGCAACAGCGUGAUCAGCAACAACAGCAAGCUUUGCUUCAACAGCAGCAACAACAACCCCAGCUACAACUGGAGCAGCAGCAAUCUCUUCUACACAAACAAUUGUUGGAACAGCAAACUCUUAUUCAACAGCAAGAGCAGCAGCAGCAACAGCAAGGUCUUUUACAACAACAGCAACAACACCAAGUGCUUUUACAGCAUCAGUUAGAGCAGCAGCAACAACAGCUUCCUCUACAGCAACAGCAGCAGAACCAGAUGUAUCAACAAAUUGGACAACACCAAGCUGGAGUACAAAAAGAACCUGAGAGGCAACAAAUUGUAUUACAGCAGACACAGCAAAAGGAACAAUUGCAGCAGGCCUUACUCCAUCAAAUGGAACAACAACAGCAACAAGCGCUAAUACAACAGCAUUUACAGCAGCAGGCAAUUUUAAAACAGCAUCAGCUACAACAGACAGUUCAGCUACAGCAACAGCAACAAGAACAGCAACAAGUGCAACUCAAGCAGCAGAUGGAGCAGCAACAACAAGCUCUGCUGCAGCAACAUUUCGAACAGCAGCGUCAGCAACAAGUCCUGCUGCAGCAACAACAAGCUGAGAGACUACAUCAACAGGCUCUGAUACAGCAACAGAUUCAAGAGCAGCAACAAGCAGCCAUCAUUCAGCGUCAGCAAAGUGAGAAACAAGAGGCUGUCCCGAUUCCACAAAGUAACAGUGAGCCGCAGGUUCAGCAGCACCCGUGCAGCGCACAACUAAACACCACUCAGUUUCCACCCCAUACCUCGCUCACACAGCAGCAAGUGAUGGAGCAACAUCACGCAGCACUGAUCCAGCAACAAGCACUUGUUGCCCAGUCUCAGCAUCACACCUCUGUGAUGGAACCUCAUAUCCCAGUUAGGGCUCCAGCUGGCACCGAGGUGAUUCAGCACCAAUCUCAAAUUGUCUCGCAGGUCCAGGUUCCUAUGGCCAUUCAGACUACACAGAUCCCUGUCCAGACACCUGCUAUUGUCCCAGCUCAAGUCCUCACCCAACAAGGACAAAGUGAGGUUCUUCCCCAGAACCAGGGCCAGCUCCCAGUCCAAUUAAUAGCCCAGUCCACAGUCCAAGCAGCUCAGGCCGAAGUUACUCCUCCAGUGGCAAUGAUCCAGGGCCAAACCCACAUCAUCCAGACCCAGCAAGUUCCGCUACAGACUGGUUAUCCAGGACCUGCUGCUACCACACAGAGCCAAGUAACCGCUCAGCCAUUAAUCCAGAGUCAGCCUCUGCACCUGUCCCAGCCAAAACAUGGCCAGGGUCCAGCGGUGGAUAUUCAGAUGAUGGGCCAACAAAGCCAAGCUGCUGUCCAGACUCCAGCUGCAAUGACUUCAAUUCCCAGUCAGAUCCAACCUGAGAAUGUUGUUCAGCAAAAGGCUCAAGUGCCAGGGGUCAUGCAACCACAGCUCCAGCAACAAACUCAAGGCACACCACCUAUCCAAUUGCAUGCUCAUGCCGCUACCAGCCUUUUGACCCCUCAGUAUGUCCCUCAGCCUACCCACCCCGCCAUGCCAUAUGUGCAGCAGGAUAUUACUCAUAUUACACAACAGCAGCAGCAAGAUCCUGUCCUGCAGUAUCAGCAGGCGAUUCUGUCUCCUGGCCCAGCUGGAAGUGUUGGACCUACACCAGAAAGUCUCAGUUCUGCACUUGACCCUGCAAACUUUGUCCCCUCUCCUCAUCCUGUUCAGCAGGUUGGACAAGCCUGUGUUCCAGGCCAAACAGCACUGCAACCAGUGGUUCAGUCCCAGCAGCAGCCCCAUGGAAAUACUACUGACCCCUCAGUCAUCCAGCCCAUCUCCCAGCCUACUAUCCCUCAGUCCACAGGGCAAUACCAGCAACCACUACAGAAGCUUCCUCAAGCGCAGCAACCACAAGCUCCACCUCCUCCGCAGGCCCAAAUAUUAGCACAGCCCACCCAAGCUCCCAUCCAGCAAGGUCCAAAGCAGGCUUUGUUAUCCCUUGAGGAGAGUCAGCUGUCAACCCCACCUUCACAUCUGGUGACCCAUCCCGCUGCACCGUUAGUCACCAGUAAUGUGGCCGGGCCUCAGUCCCAGACCAGGACCCUGCCCCAAUAUAGUCAUCUAGUGGCAGGCCCCCCUCCGUCUCCACAGCACCAAGUGAAGCCGAUGCUGCCAGCCCACACUCACACACAAACCAGCAUUCAGGCCCAAAUACACUCCCAAACACAGACACAUGUUCAGACACAGGCUCAUUCUCACACUCAGACACACACUGAGACACCUAUCGCUGAACAGCCUGUCCUGCACCAUGCUGUCUUUCCUGCACAACAAACACCCCAUAGCCCCUCUCAUACCUCAUGUUCCCCUAUAUCACUACCAUCUCUUCCAUCCCUACCAUCCUACCAUCCUGCUGCUGCCCCUGUACCAGAGCUGCCUUCAUCUCCACCAGCGGCCCAGGUAACCCUACCCGGGCAGGCCGACUUUAUCCCCACUUCCCCUCUGCCUGUCACUACUCUACAAGCGCUUGAUUCUAAUGCCCCCAAACUGCCCCAAGCCUCGCUGCAAGACUGUGACCUUUCCCUGCUGGGCAUUGCUCAGGAUGGUCCGUACCUGUCAAGUACAGAACGUCAUUCUUCUUCAGGGUCUGUUCCAGCUAAUGGAGAAGAAACCUGUCAGCUCCUGGCCAAUGGGAAGCUAGAUAAAUUAAAAAAUCAAAGAAGAGCUUCCUGUCAGAGGCCUGAGAAGGUUUCACAUCAGUUUCAACUGAGCAUGCUCCAGGUGUCCGGCACUGGUGACAAUAUGGUGGAGUGCCAGUUGGAGACGCAUAGCAACAAGAUGGUGACAUUUAAAUUCGACAUUGAAGGCGAUGCACCGGAGGACAUAGCAGAAUACAUGGUGGAGGAGGACUUUGUCCUUGAUGUUGAGAAAGAGAAAUUUGUUGAGGAGCUUAGAGCCAUAGUCAAGAAAGCUCAUGAACUUCUUCAAACACUUUCACUGACUGGAUCAACUGACCAGCUGCAUGUGAGCACACCAACUGGCUCUUCAGUGGACUCGGUACCCCAUUCUUCCCCAGUGGGACGCUGGCGUUUCUUUAUCAACCAGACCAUCCGCCAUAGAGACUCUCUAUCCAGCCAGGGAGCAGGCACACCACCACCCGCUUCAGAGGCGAGGAUACCUCAGUCUCCCCAAGCAGAGAAAGAAGAGGAAGGAUCCCAGAGUCUGGAGUCCUUGACCGGAGUGGCCUCUCCCCCCUGCCCCACUCUCUCUGCCAUCUCUCCUCCAGUCUCUACUGUCUCAGCCCCUGCCUCCAUGGCUCCCUCAGCUCUUACUGCCCUGGCCCCUAUCACCACUGCCUCUGAGAGCAUCUCCGCACCAGCCUCCACUCUUGAAGCUUCCGUUCCUAUCACUGCUGCAGGCGGUCCCCUCACCCUAGCUUCUGCUGACCAAAUUCCCAGUGCUCCCUCAUCCAUUGAAAUACCUACUGCUGCUACUGCUGCUGCUGCUGCUAACCCCACCUUGUCCACUGCUCCUACCUUUGUGUCUCCCACACCCACCACCAUUCUGCCAGAUGUACUCUCUUCUCCUGGAACCAGUGGUUGCUCAAAUGUAGGUCAAAGUAUAGGGGAUACAGUGAUGCCUACUUCCAGGCCAUGUGUCCCUGCGGUGGAUCAGUCUUCAGCCACUUUUCAUUCUCCUCCUCCUGCUGCUGCUACAGUGAUCUCUUCAGUAGUAAGCCAACUUGGCAUGGAGCAACAGACACUCACCCAGGUGGCCCAACCAGCCCCACAGCAACCCCAGCUACAGCCACAGCUACAGCCACAGCUACAAACACAGCUACAACCACAGCCACAGUCACAGCUACAGCCUGUGAUACAGCAGCAGGCACCAGCAGUUCAACAGCAAGUGCAGGCAACGCAGAUUGAUCAACAAGCACAACAGAUACAGCGUCAACUACAACCACAACAUCCAGUGUAUCAAGAACAAAUACAGCUGCAGCAGGAACGAUCACUGCAACAGUCCCUCCAGCAGUUACACCAUCAGCAACUAAUGCAGAAACAAAUAACACUUCAGCAACAACUGACUGAUGUGCAGGUGCUGCCUCGGCCCGAGUUGUUACAACAGUCUGUGCCUCUGCAGCAGCUUUUGCCCCCAGUGCCCCUACAGCAGACACAACAAUCACUUUCUCAACAGCAAACACAACAGUAUGCCCCACAGCUGCUGCAACAGCCUCAGUUACAGCAGUCACCACAGCAGGUUAUUGCACCACAAGCUACUGUAAUGCCCCAACAGCAGGCCCACAUUGAUCACCAGCACCAGCAACAGUUAAAUCUACAACAGACAUUACACUUGCAGCAACAGCAAAUGGUGCAGCAGCAGCAACAACAGAUGGUUCAGCAGCAGCUACAGCAGCAGCAGCUACAGCAGCAGCAGCUACAGCUGCAGCAGCAGCAGCAACUGUUUAUGGGAGCUGUGGCUUUGCAGCCAGAUCAAACCCAGAUGCUACCCCUGUCAGUAAGUCAACAGUUUCAUCAACAACAAUCACAGCUAAAUGUUAGCCCUGUACCAUCACAGCAGAUUCCUCAACAAGCUCAAAUUCCUGCUGAGCUGGCACAUCAACACAUACAGUCACAGUCACAGCAGCAACAAGAGGCAGUUAAAGCCAUGGAGACGCCCCAGAAACAGCAGCAUUUUCCACUGCAGAAGCAGUCCUCUCUACAGAUGUCAGAGUCAGAGGUGUCCACAGGAGAGACAAGUUUCACAGAGGACACAUGCAGCUACUCUACCCCCUUUCACCCUCCCUCUGACUCCUCUCUACCGCCUCUCAGUCUGGGCACCGCUGAUGCCCCCUUACCCUCUCUAUCCCUCACAAUGACACCGUCACCUGCUCAGCCAUCAUCUGUGGCCGAGUCAGACAGUGAAGGCCCCCCAAAAAUUGAAUUUGUGGACAACCGUAUAAAGACUCUGGAUGAGAAACUGAGGAACUUGUUGUAUCAGGAGUACAGCAGCGGAGCAGCACCAGGCGGAGGAGCUGCCUCUGGCCCUACAUCAGCUGCCUCCACAUCAGCAGGAGGAGAUGAGUCGUCUGAGCCACAGUCAAUCCACCACUCAUCUUUUCCCCCACCUGCCUCCUCCUCAGAUACAUCCCCUCACUCCUCAUCCUCCUCUACCUCCUCGACCACCUCCCGUUCCUCCUCUACCUCCCCUGACCCGGAGAGAGAUGGGGUAGGAGUGGAAGCUCCCUCAGAAGUGCCCAACUUUGCGCAGCUGGGCCUUGUGGAUCAACAGCCUGGCCCAUCUCUCCCCUCCACCUCUGCCUCUUCCACCCUGCCUACCUCUCUUCUGCAUCCCAGUCAGGAUGACUCUGCUGGGCCCCAGCGCCCACCCAUACCAGGAGAACCAACCAUUCUUGCUGUACCUCCACACUCUGACACCAGUACCACUGGAGACGCAUCGUGGCCCCCCAAUCAGCACCCAAUCCCCCUCCGGCAUGGACAGCAGAAGCACAAUGCAGGAGGUGGAUAUUUUGGCCUAAACCUGACAUGUCCUAGUAUCAGAAAUCCUGUUAGCAAGAAAUCCUGGACUCGCAAAUUCAAAAACUGGGCGUGCAAACUGCGCCACUCCGCCAGCUUGUUCAAGAAGCCCAGAGUCCAGCAAGAUGGACGUUCCAGCAGUCAGGCACUUAGAGAGGAGAAAGAGGCGCCACCCCUGAAUCCACCUCACUCGCGCAAAGGGCGAUUUCAUGUCACCCCAGUGCCCCAGUCCUCUCCCCCAAAGGAGGCUCCAUCGGGGCACAGCAGCGCACACAGGAAAGUGGGACGCUUCUCUGUAACACAGGCUGAGACUAGGAAAGAAGACAAACAGACUGACAGUUCCCCAGUGUCUCCUGAUUUAGAGAGGGAGAGAAGGAAAUGUCGGGCAAAGGAGGGAGAGAAAGAUGAAAGUAAGCGGACCCCAGCAAUGGCUCACCUGCCACGAGGUCAUGGGCACAGCCACUCACCCCUGGGCAGCAGCGAUGAUGAUGAUGAGAGUGAGCUUGAAGAUGAAGAUCUGAGAAAAGAACUGCACAAGCUUAGAGAGAAACACAUCAAAGAGGUGGUAUCCCUUCAGGCCCAGCAGAACAGAGAGCUGCAGGAACUAUACAGACAGCUUCGAUCCCUCAAAGACCAAAGGCAGAGUCUGCCUGCCUCCCUGUCCCGAACCCCUCCUCUUCCCACGGCACCUCCUCUCCUCUCUCCUCGUAGGCCCAGGCCAGCGAAAAUCAAGCUCCGGCCACGGCCUCACUCUCACAUGGAUAACAAUGGAGUUACGCACUCUGCGAUUCAGCAGUUGAGUAGUUUCUCAGGUGGUGAACAGAGUAGACUGCCUCUAUACUGCAACCCAGAGCAACACACCUCACUGCCUGCUAAAAGAGAUCAGAGUCCUCUAAGAAAAAGCACAUUCACAGAUGAGCUGCACAAGCUUGUAGAUAAUUGGACAAAGGAGACGGUGGGCCCCUCCCCGCCCAAGCCAUCACUCAAUCAAAUCAAGCAGAUUCAGCAGGUGCAGGAGUUGGGAGGCUGGAGUCAGCAGACUGAGGUGGCUUCCCCAAGUUGGUUUCCAGCGGCACCACUGAACCCCCAGGCAUCCUCGACCCCUGCUAGCUUGGCUGCGGCAGCCCCUUCCCAGUACACAGGUGGAGGGAGCCUGUCCACCCUGCAAACUCCAGGACCACCCCCACAAACGCACAUGGCUCAAGUGCCACAGAUGCAGCAAAGUUUACACCUCCAUCAGUCUCUUCCCCCCCAGCAGAUGACCUAUCCGCAGUCCCCGCUCCGCCAGCAGGUACCGCAGACCCGGAUGCAAUCUCCGACACAGUCCCAGUCACUGCCACAGACACAACCCAUCACCCAGCUGCCCCACUCACCACCUCAAAGCCAACCACUGCUGCCUUCCCAAAUGCCCACAUCUCCAGUGUCAACGGCUGGGCCUCUGCUGCCCGGCAACAGCACCACUGCACCUACAGAUAGCACUGCUGCUACUGGGGGGACAUUUUGCUCCUGUUCUUCAUCCUCUUCCACCUCUUCCUCUUCUUGCUCUGCUGCUGCUCUACCUUCCAGUGCCAAAAUUCACCCAACACCCCCCACCUCUACUCUUCCUCUGGGACAGAAAUGAAACCAAGGCGAAGUGUGAGGUCAACAUGAAGGUGCAAGAGAUGGAAAUCCUAAGUGGAUCAGGAAGUAAAGCAGAUCAAUUUGGAGUGUUAGUCCUGUUUAUGCAUGAGAGAGCUGUGAAUGCAAUGAAUAUAUGGAUUCCAGUGUACUUCUGGACGAGAUGGGGGAGUGAAUGUGAGAGACGAUAGAUUCUAGUAUGUACAGACAGAGGGUAAAUUGGAACACAGCAGCUGAGGUUUAUGAAUCAUGGUAUGUAUGGAUGUUGAGAUGUAUAAAUUCUUAAAUGUAUGAGUGUGUGCGUUUAUGAGUGUGGGUGAGUGUUUAUGGACUAUCAGAGUACAUAUCCCUUUUGUCCUUUUACACAGAUUAACAUACAUGUAUUUGUUUUGCAACCAACUCAGUUGGACCUGAACUCUCCCCAAGCAGAGACAAGAAGGACAAAAUAUUUGACAGUUGUGUUGACAUAUUUGUUCAAUUUUGUCGAUGCUUACAGUGAAAGGACUAUCAAUUUUAAAAGUGCAAUUAGUAAUGGUCAUCUGAAUUGAUCAGCAUGUAUUGUAUGGAUUUGUCUGUAAGGCAUAAAUAUUUUUGUAGAAGCACAUUGAUGAAAACAUAGAGAAUCUUUUCAUGAACUUUUAAAAAUGUAGGCCUACAGCACAAGGUGUUUCAAUGGGCAAUUAAACAAAAAUCCAACAACAGCAUGUUACACAGCUAUUACAAGUUAUCUGGUACCAUCAUUACCAAAAUGCGACCAAACAUACUACUGUUACAGUAAAGUACACCAAUACAGCAUGUGCUCCAUUUGUAUUAUUUUAUGUUUCGCAGCUGUAACAUAGAAAGAGUCUGAAUUACUAUGAGUGAUGUGAUAAUAAAUUCUUAUUAAUUCAUAAUUUGAUGGCAAAUUGAAAAACGCCAUCUAUGUUCACUGCUCAGCCCAAGACUGCAUGACCUAAUGACUAACUUGACUUGCCUGAGAGCAAAGUGCUUGCACUUGCUGUAUAUUCAUGAAUCAGACAUUUACCAUUUGCAGCCAAUCAGUCACGAGUAAAUUGGUUUUCAGUAAGAUAUGCUUUCACAUUUGACAUUUUUGCUUUUGAGCUCUGCAUAUCGAAGUUUACCACUGUAUCAUGCUGAGGAGGAACAUUAAAAAGAAAAAAACUGCCAAGUUACUAUAGACUGGGGAGACCAUAUGGGUUGUUCCCAUAUUGCCUUUUAAAAUUAAUGCAUUUUUGUGGGUGUGUGAGUGUUUUUCUGUGUGACAAAGCUUUGUGAUAGUCCCAUGGUAUAUUGCAUUAAAAAUAGCAUCCCUGUUUUAUUUCAUUCAAAGCGGCCUCUCAGAUGUCACUGUACCCAACUGUUAAUGUUUACUCUGCCUAUGUUUUGGGUUUGUUUCCUCAAAAACAAAAAAAAGUGAGAGGUUAGACCAUAUGCCGGCUGUAAGCUUGAUGUCACUUGCCUGUUUGUCAACUUAGACAGACAGACUUCUUUCUUUAGUGAACUCUAGUCUUUGACCAUAGGCUGUCAGUGUGAAUGCAUCUGUCAGAAACUGAACUCUGGGCCAUAAUUGUGCUUCACUCACAUUGCAAAAGGUUUACUCUAGUCAAACACGCUCCAUUCCUCAAUUCCUAAACUCGCCUCAUGUUUAGAUGCAGAGAUACACAGAGUAAUAUAUCAGCAGCUGAUAUAUUAUGGCACAUUUUAUUGGGUUAUCAGUACACUUAGCCAUACACAUAUUUGAGUAUCAAUGGUCAGGUGUUAAUACAUUUUUUUUGGCAUAAUAAGUAGCCUGUAGUCAAAGCAGCAUUUCUGUUUUAUUAAUGAUAGAGAGAUUGUGUGCCACUGAAAACAGGAGAUUGUACCGGUUGUUUAAGACUGCUAAAUGUGAGUAAAAACAUUUCAAACAUAAAUUGUGAAGGAGGAAUACUUUGUGCUAAAGGGUAUGGUUGUUCAGAAUCCGCAACUGCAUAAUCUAGAAUAUAACAUGGUUUUCUGUAUUUGUUGCUUUUCAAGAAAACCCACAUUGUGACAGAGAUGUAGGUCUUGAUUAGUGAAGGUGAGAUACUGUGCUGUCAUGUAUGAUACUAACAUGUUGACUGCAAGCUACAGCUUAAUGAUCAUUACCCAUGAUGUGGAGCUGGCUUUUGUCCUUGAAGUGUUACCAAAAUGUUAUCUAAAAGAUAAAGAUUAUUUUUGUAUUUUGAAAUGGGGUUGUACAAAUUGUAAAAUUGUGUUCUCAUUAUAAAUCCGAGGUUAUUCGAAACUAGAAAACACUGGUUUUCAUCCCUGUUUACAUGGGACUCCCUUGCCUUCAUAUACCUCUCUGUGUCCUGAUAGGCCAGGGUCCUUUAAGAUUAUAUUCAGAGAAUUUUCUCAUUUUUGACAAUUUAUGUCAGUUCUUAACCAUGACAACCUGUUAGAUACAUACAACCUGUUAGAUACACACAACAUAAGCCUCCCUACUGGGCUUUAGGUCAGAAUUAAUAAACCUUAAAAUGAAUACAACAAAAAUUUGGGGAGUCCCAAAAUGGCAUUAAUGAGAACCAAUGAUAAAAGGACAUUUGGGCAGAGAAACCUCAAAAAAUAAAGUACGUUGCUGGUUAUUUAGCCUCUGUAAAUUGUAACUAAUUCGACUGUUGAUUUUAUUUAUGUUUUGUAACUAAUCAAAAUAAAUGAUGUUAAACAUCAAA